GUAAUCAGUUAUACCACGGACAGCGCGCAGCACAGACGUUGAAACGGCAAUUGGAAAUAGCCUCUUAGUUAGUUGGAGCUGCAGUUGAGACGCUGACCGUGCAAAGCAAAAGAGUAGUAGUAAAUAAAUUACAGUUGUAAGAAGCGUUCAGCGUGAAACGCGCCUUUUUGUUAUAGUUGUUGCAGACUGUUCUUUUUUUUUCAUAUAUACAUAUAUAUUGUUGUUCUUUAAAUAACAUUUUGUAUGGUGUGUGAUUUACUGUUAUACACUUUUUGCGCCCAUGCAGCGCAACAAUUGUAAUAAAAGAAAAAUGUUGACGCAUUAAACUGUGUGAGAAUAAUAAUUGCCUGACGAACUGAAUCCCAACGAGCGAGGGUAGUGCGUAGUGAGUAUACCCAAAAUGUCGGAUCAACAGCGCGCCUCAUUAUGCCCGCGCCUCGUCGACUACAUGGCCAUUGUGGGUGCCCACACAACGCCGCCAAUGCCCAAGGGCAUGCAGGGCAGCAAGGCGCCGCCGGUGCAGGUGCCCGAUUUGCUGCGUCGCUAUCCGCCAUCGGAUCACGCCGACUUUCCGCUGCCACUGGAUAUGGUGUACUUUUGCCAGCCGGAAGGCUGCACCAGCGUGGGACCAAGACGCACUGGCUCCGCCAUACGCGACAUGACCUCGUUUGUGUUUGCGCUGACGGACAAGGAUUCGGGCAAGACGCGCUAUGGGAUCUGCGUCAACUUCUACAGGCCCAUUGAGCGACCUUGCUCGGCGGCGGGCGCUGAGCGUGGCGGUGCGGCUGGGAAUGGUGCUGGGGGCGGUCAUGGUGCUGGCGCUGGUGGUGGUGCAGGUGGCGGUGGGCGUGGCCGGCGCUCAUCCGCCUUUCGGCGGGAGUCGUGGCGUAAGAGCAUGGAGCGCAGCUCCGACUCGGCGUUUAGCAGUUACGGCCUCUUAACUACUUCUAGCGACUACAGAAGUAACGUAGCGCCCAGUGAUUCGGAUCGUGAACUGACCUCGCGUCGCGACUCUGACCAGCUGCGUCUUCAUUCGCAUCAUCAUCCAGCCUCCUCAGUGCCCAAACUGGGCCUGAUGGCACCAUCGGCUGACUCGGAAUCGGGCGGCAGUCAUUCACCAUCGCCACGGGCGUCACGUAAGCGCACCAAACUGCGCAAUCAAUCCCUAACAUCUCUCUGCAUCAUAUCACAUCAUCCAUUCUUCACCACCUUUCGCGAGUGCCUCUUCAUUCUGAAGAAGCUCAUCGACGCCUGCAACGAGUCGUCGUCGCCGAAGCGUGUGGGCGCCUCACAGAAACUCAAUCGGGACAAUGUGUGGACGGUGCUGACGGGGCACGUCAGUGAGGCGACACCCUCCAUUGUGCUGCACGAUGUGCGGGAGAUCGAGACGUGGAUAUUACGUUUACUCUCUACGCCGGUGCCGGUGCCAGGCUCUACGCGUGUCGAGGUGGAGGUGCUGUCGCCCACUGUACACGAACCGUUGCUGUUUGCAUUACCGGAUCACACGCGCUUUUCGCUCGUUGAUUUCCCGUUGCACUUGCCAUUGGAAUUGCUGGGUGUGGAGACCUGUCUGAAGGUGUGGACACUGAUAAUGCUGGAGAAUAAGGUGCUCUUCCAAUCGCGCGACUAUAAUGCACUCUCCAUGUCGGUAAUGGCGUUCGUAACAAUGCUAUACCCAUUGGAGUAUAUGUUCCCAGUCAUACCGUUGCUGCCCACAUGCCUCAGCUGUGCCGAGCAGCUGUUGCUCGCGCCCACGCCCUUUGUCAUCGGUGUGCCAGCUUCCUUUCUAAUCUAUAAAAAGAAUUUCAGGCUGCCCGAUGAUAUAUGGGUUGUGGAUUUGGAUUCUACCAAGCUGACACCACCAACGGGUGGCUACGAUGAGAUACCUCCCUUGCCCGAACCGGAGGGCACUAUACUGAAGAAUCAUCUGAAGCAGGCUAUGCUACUUAUGGAUGAAGCUGGACUUGGUGCUUUGACAUCGAUGACAGCAUCCAAUCAGGCUGUCUCAUCACAGCAGCUGCUGCCCUCGGUGCGGGAUAGUCUCCAGGAGCCGCCAUUAUUGGGGGUAUCCCAAGUGCGUUUGCCUUUGCAAACGCCUCCGCAUUCCGCCCAUGCCAGCCAGCGUAAUUCGGUGUCUGCCCAGGGCGCCAUGUUGUCCCGCCAGCCUAGUCCAAUGAAUUCGCCAGCCCUGAAUCCAUUUGUCUAUGGCACCGAUGUGGAUUCGGUGGAUGUGGCCACACGUGUGGCAAUGGUCCGGUUCUUCAAUGCCCAAAAUACGUUGGCAAACUUCGCCGAACAUACGCGCACACUUCGUCUAUAUCCUCGGCCCGUUGUCGCCUUCCAGAUCAAUAGCUUUCUACGUUCACGUCCCCGUGCCUCGAUCUUCCUCAAUCAGUUUGCACGCACGCAGGCCGUUGAGUUCCUGGCGGAAUGGUCGCUAACUCCCACAAAUGUUGCCUUCCUGCGUGUGCAGACGGGUGUCAUGGAUCCCAUGCAGGUGGGCGAUAAGCCCAAGUGGUUCGCCCACAGUCUAACACCCAUACGCUUCUCCGUGUGGGACGAUGGCAGCUCGUUGAAUGGCGCGCUGCGCUCUCUCAAACAGCUCGAGUGCCAGCCCACGGAUGAGAGCGGCUCGGAUUCGGAGGGUGCCGACAGCAGCAGCUCUUCGUAUAGUUCGUUAAGUGAUUUUGUCUCCGAGAUGGCGUCUUCGGAUCUGUCGCCCAGUCUACACGACGUUUUCGGCUCCUACAAUCGGCCGCAUGUCGUGCCGCAAACAUUAUCCUCAAAUCUGGAUCCGGCUCUCGUUUAUCAUCCGCCCAGUAAGCUACAGUAUCCGGAGGGUCUGGCCGGACCCGCGAAAAGCAAGAACGAUGAAGAGCGAGCCGAUUCGCCAGUGUCUUCCUCAUCGAGUCGCUCGGACUUGAGUUCGCCCAGUUUCAAUCGUGACUCAGAGUUUGACUUCCAGCCCAAGUCAGGGCAGCAGCCAACGGCGGCUGCACCGGGCGCCUUUGAGCUGGCCACGCCACUGGCUAUGCGACUCGAGGCGACCAUCAAGAUGGCCAGUCUGGAGGCGGAGUCGGAUACAACAUCCACGGUGACUGGCAAGAGCAUAGCCAGCAACAAAUUGCAGCGUAAUACCAGCGAUGUGGAGCGUGCGGAGAAAAAGAUACCGCCACCGCUCACACCGCCCGUCAAGCAGCCGGGUGUUAGCAAUAUAUUGGCCCGUACAGGAAGUUCCGGUUCCAGUUCCAGUAGUCCGGGUCGCCAGAGCUCGCAGAGUUCGCUGUUCGAGAACUUUGCAUCACACGCCAAGGAGCUGGUGCGGGAGACGACGCGCCAGAGCAGCCAGGAGGGUCUGCUCGCCCACGUCGACAAGCAUGCACUGGACGAAGAUCUAGAUGACAAAAUGCGACACACCUUCGAAAAGUUUACGCUGCAUGCGAAGAAGGCGGCUGGUGAGGCCUCCAAGCAGGCGCUGGAGGUGUCUAAGCAGGCAGCCGGCGUUAGCAAAAACACUUUGGAGGAUCUCACCUAUGUGGGCAAGUCGACUUUGGGUGAUCUAACCAAGACGGCCAAGGAGGCGGCCACCAAGAAGGGCAUCAUCAAGAUUGACGAACAUGGUCAGGCAGUUGCUGGCACAAGCAAUGCUCCCUCCAUGACCAACUCGCAGCUGGCCACACAGAAGCAGGUGCAACAAGCCGGCGGAGGCAACAAUUUCUUUUCCUCCAUUGGCACCGACUUCAAUGGAUUGGCCUCCUCUACAACAACCAUGUUCUCGGGCAUGUUUGGCAAGAAGAAUCAACAGAAGCAGGCGGCAGUGCAUCAUAAGCCGGCUAAUGCAUCCUCGCCUAAGAAUAAGGCGGGCAUCAACUUUGAUCCUUUUCCCAGUCGCAAAGGACUCGUCGAGCGUACGCCACUUAUUAAGCAUGCGGGCCCUCGACAAACGCAGGAGGAUCUAACGCGUCAACAGAACCAGGAACGUUCGCAUAGCAAUGCCGAGAAUCAGGCAUUCCUCAAGGAUGUCACCACCCAGGUGCUGGCGGGCGAGGGCAUAGGUUGGCUAAAGCUCAAUCGUUUCAAGAAACUGAUGGAGGAUGAAUCCUAUCGCACGCUAGUCCUUAGCAAACUAAACAAGACGCUGGACAAGAAAAUAGCCCCAGACGAUCAUAUUGAUGAUGUGUGUGUUACCAAGCCCGUGUGGAAGGGCAUGCUGAAGUGUGUGCAAGCCAUUGCUGGCGGUCUGGAUGUGACAUUUAGCAACUUUGGACUCGGUGGCAUGGCCUCGGUGUUCCAGCUAAUGGAGGUGGCGCACACACAUUACUGGAGCAAGGAAAUUAAUGAGGGCAGCGAUAUGUCAUCCAGUUUGCUGUCCAGUCAUGCGGCCAGUCCCAUGGGCAGUCGUGAGAAUCUACGUUCGCCGAGCAGCCCGAAUGGCUCCCAUUCGGGGCUGGGCAGUGAGUGGGCUUCGCCACAGGAGUCGCGCAAGAGCUCAACGCAUACGGCUCUUCCGACCCCGCAAUCAACAGCAGCAGCGCGUCGCCUGUCGUCGACUGAUAGUCAGGAUGGGCAGUCGACCACGGAGAUGUUCAAGGAUAUGUUGUCGCAGAAGAGAAGUGCCUUGAAGAAUAUGCUGACCUCGUUCGAUUCCGAUGCUGCUGGCUCCACGGGCGCGCUAUCCGUAGUCAGUGAUCUGCUACCAGCUGGCAGUUUGAGCGUUCGCAUGCCAUCCAGCUGCCGUUCCACAGUCUCAGACACCGAAUACGAAAAUACCACCACAUCGAAGGACUCGAAAAAGAGCACCGGAAAUCUAUGGUCGGGCAAGUCGACGCUCAGCGCCGGCUUCCGCUAUACGGGCGGACAUUUAAUAAAUACCUCGUCCUCACCAUCGCCUGAUAGUCCGCGGGUAUAUCUGUUUGAGGGCCUGCUAGGCAAGGAUCGGCUCAAUCUCUGGAAUCAAAUGCAGUUCUGGGAGGAUGCCUUCUUGGAUGCUGUCAGCCAGGAGCGUGAUAUGAUCGGAAUGGAUCAGGGACCCAUUGAAAUGAUGGAGCGCUAUAAGUCACUAAGUGAGUCGGAACGCAAACGUCUCGAGCACGAUGAGGAUCGCUUGCUGAGCACCAUGCUCUACAAUCUGACCGCCAUCUUGGUGAUGUUGAAUGUGCCCAAGGAUGAGAUAAGACGCAAAAUACGCCGCCUCCUGGGAAAGAGUCAUAUCGGGCUGGUCUACUCGCAGGAGGUGCAUAAUGUGGUCGAUCAGAUCAACAAUCUGAACGGCAAUGACAUAGAUUUGAAGCCUUUGGGCUCACGACUGCUACACCGUCAGAGCUUUACGGUGCAUCAGGGCAUCGAUGUGAAUGGUCCGUUGCGGUUCAUGGAGGUGCGUGACGAUGGUCUGGUGUUGCGCUCCGUGGAUGGCACAAUUGUGGAGCGUUGGUGGUAUGAGCGUCUGGUCAAUAUGACCUAUUCGCCAAAGACCAAGUUGCUCUGUCUGUGGCGUCGCAACGGCGGACAGACACAGCUACACAAAUACUAUACACGCAAGUGCAAGGAGCUGUAUAAUUGCAUCAAGGAGGCCAUGGAACGCGGCGGCACGCCCACAAAUGUGCCCGAAUUGGGCGGUGAGUUUCCUGUGCAGGAUAUGAAUACAGGCGAGGGUGGAUUGCUGCAGGUCUGUCUCGAGGGUGUCGGUUUGUUGUUCUCCAACAGCAAGUUCUUUGUGCGUUUGGAUCAUAUACGCAAGUGUUUUACACAAAAGGGUGGCAUAUUCGUACUGGAGGAGUAUAAUCCCAAGACACGCAAUCUCAUACAGCGUAAAUAUCAGUCAAGCAUGUCGGAUCAGAUAUGCUACUCGGUGCUGUGCGUCUUCAGCUAUGUGGCCGCUGGCCAGGAUCAGAAGAAGAAUCCGGUGGUUAUCACACCACAAAUCCAGGACAUACACGCACAGCAGAAGCAGAAGCAUCAACAGCAGCAGCAGCAGCAGAAGACCAACGCCGCAACAGCAACAGCAGCAACAACAGCAACAGCAGCAACAGCAGCAGCAGCAGCAGCAGCAACAGCUGCCACAGCAACUGCUCCGACAACUGCAGCAACAACAACAACAGCAGCAGCAGCAACAAGUGCUGCAACUGCUAGCAGACAGCAGCCAGGCCAUAUAACCAUACGGCAUACGGUGCCCAUGCAGAAGCCCAGCAUCACCAUGUCCACAGUUCAGCCGCAAGCAAAGUUGCCAGCGGCUAUGGCCGCGGCCAGUCCGCAGUUGCCGCAGCUGCCGCCGCGCGUGCCCUCGCAGGCCUCCACAGAGAGCUGCUCGCCGCCAGCGAAGCUGCGCGGUCCGCCGCCCGGGCCGCCACCGGCCAUACCGCCACGCACGGGCGCCAUAGCGCGCAGCGGCUCGGUGCAAGCGUCGCCGAGUCGCAGCUUUGUGCGCCAGGCGUCGGCGAACUCAACGAUGCCGCAGUACACGCCACAGCCGCCGCCGCCAUUUGUCAUACCCAAGCGUUUGGCACGCGCCUCUACGCUGACAGCUGCAUCGCAGCAGCAGCACCACCACCACCAGCAACAGUCGCUGCACCAUCAGCAACAGUUGCCGCUGCACCAGCAGCCGUUGCCCGAAACCGGCUCGAGCUCGACCUCGCACUCGCCUCAGGCCCAUCGCAAGCACUGACGAAGGAGUUCGUUCUUUAAGUUCAGCGGUGCGGGCGGCGGAGGCGGCCCCACUGGGGAGGAGCCGCAUCUGGAGCCGCACAGACGCGACGUCUGUCGCACCAUUUGCAUACCCUGGCUGUAAGCCAGCUAAAGAAUCGGGCAUGCACAGCUACUAGCUUCGGCCAGUCGAAGCUUUCGUAUCCUUGCAGAGUCUCAUUCAAUUAGUCUAGAAUUUCCUUGUUUCACACACAUGAUGUUCCUAUAAGGCUAACAAUCGUCCGAUAUGUAAGAAUAUAUACACACAUAUAUGUAGAUAGCAUAUAUACCGUAGCUUAGAUUCUGUUCAAGUUGAUUUUAGCUAUGUAGCUAUACAUAUAUAUGUAUGUGUAUGUAUAUGUUAUAUAUAGUUAAGAAUAUGUACCAAUGCGCUGUAUGUACUAGACAUUCCUCCUAUAUAUAUAUAUACAUAUAUACGAGAAUUUUGCUUCUAGAACACAGUUCUGUGGGUUUGGCUUGGAUUGGAUUUCGAUUCAGAGAACUUUCUUAGUAUAAUAAGUGAAAGUUCAUUCUGAAUAUAUUAGAUAUUCCUAAGAUAUUCCAUAUAUAUAAAUACGUGUAAGCGAUAUAGUUGUAGAAUUCUGAUAUACUUCAUAUAGCUGUCGAAAGAUGAGUAUUUUGAUAUUGUUCAGUUACCUGAACAAAGAAAUUUUUAAUGUAUAUGCCUAAUAUAGUCUAUAUAUUAGAUGGAUAUUUCUACAUAUAUCAGAUUAGGAUAUAUAUGAUAUCCCUUUUUAAUCGUCUGAAAUGAAAUUUGUUUUUCGCAGCUUUUAAAUAUUUGCAAAAUAUCUUUAAGAGACAUUAUAGAUUCUCCAAUAUCUUCUAUUGAAUUCAAAAGGCAUUUGGUAACUCCAUUUCGGCUUGAAGUAUAUCAAUAUGGUAUAAGUUUUAACUUAUUUUUAAAAUAUAGAUUCAACUCAAUAUAUUUUAGGCGAGCUCCAGUGUGGGCUCUUCAUACUCUCCACCCGCAGAAUAAAUUCUACAUAUAUUGUAGCACUUAGUCAAGAUUCCUGAAAUUCCAGAAAUUCCUGAUGCUCGCUUUACAAAAUAUAGAUAUAAACGAUCCGAACCGAUUCGAUUUUAUUCGAUUCAGUGUCUAAGCCCUUGCUUGUUCCUACGGCACCUGUCGAUCCGUUAGCUAUGAGUUAUAUAUAAAGUAUACCAAAUAUAUAUAUAUAUGCGUAAAUAAAGUACGAUUUAUUGAGAACAUUGUUAACUAUAUAAAUACUUGUUGAAAAAAAAAAAAAAAAGAAAAACUAUUCUAACUAACCUGCUGCAAGGGUAUUUUGUUAGGUAAAUUUAAGCAAAAGAAAGAACCCCUUAUUCAUGCUCUACGAUAUAGACGUAUAGAUAUGUUAUACAACUAUAUACAUAUAUAUCUACGAUAUUUGAUGUUAAUCAAUACUAGCCUAGGCUUAUCAUAUCAUAUACAACUCGCAACACACACUUUAGCUGGUUGGGCAUUUCGCGUAUGUGUUGGGCGAUGUAUAUAAGUAAAUGGAUAUAUAGAUAAAUCGAAUAUGGGCACAAAAUAUAACAACACAAAAGGUAAUUGAAGGCAAUCUAGAUAGGGAAAUGUAACAUACCAAAAGAAAAACAAACAAAAAGCAGAUAAUAAUUAUAUAUACCUUAUAUAUACUUAUAUAACUAAUCCAAAUG